UUUCAGUUUUGCAAAGUCCGUUGGUGAAGCCGGUGGUCAUUUUUACGGAGCGGUCUCUGAGCCAUUGAAAGUAGAUAAUCUCGUCGAAUAUCGAGAACGGCGAAUUGACUCUCAUCUCUGAUUGUUCCGACGAUAAAUAUCAACUAAAAUAUACAUACUUAUUAACUUUACGCUUUCCGGAGGGAAGGAUGGCGGCUAAUACGGAGAUCCGGACUGGCAGUCCUGCCGAUCAUAGCGGUGUGCAGUUUUUCGAGGGGGUCGAAAAGCUCCUUGAAAUUUGGUUCACGAGUACCGAGGACGGCUCGGACAAACAGCGUGAUCUUCGCAACAUACCUCGGCAAAAAUGGGAGAAUCUUUUGAAAAUCGUCCGAUGCGAGAUAAUCAGCUUCUGUCAGAACGAUCAAGUCGACGCGUACGUGUUGAGCGAAAGCAGUAUGUUCGUAUCAAAGAGACGAUUGAUCCUAAAGACCUGCGGAACCACGACUCCCCUCCAAUGCUUGGAGCCGCUUCUGAGCCUUGUCGAACAAUAUACAGGAUUUGAUGAAGUCGAGGAUGUCUUUUACUCACGCAAAAACUACAAGAGACCCGAGCUUCAGAUUUCGCCGCACCAAGCUUUCGAAGAAGAAGUUGCUCUACUCGACACCUUCUUCGAAGACGGCGAAGCCUACUGUCUCGGAUCUGUGGACACGGAUUGCUGGUACUUAUACACUUUGAACAAAGAAAAAUGCUCGCAGACGAAGAGCGACCCAGAUCAAACGUUGGAAAUUCUGAUGACACACUUGGACUCAGAAGUAAUGUCUAUAUUCACGAGGGACGUUUGCUCAUCUGCUGCUGAAGCGACUGUCAAGUCAGGAAUUGAAAAACUUAUUCCGAACAUGGUCAUCGACGACUUCUUGUUUGAGCCUUGCGGAUAUUCCAUGAAUGGCGUAAUGAAAAGUGGCACUCCAGAACUGCCCGAAGGAUGUUACAUGACAAUUCACAUAACACCAGAGCCAGAUUUUUCCUACGUGUCGUUUGAGAGCAACAUUCCACAAGCGUCUUACAAUGAAGUGAUUUGUCGUGUGCUGGAUACGUUUAAACCUGGUAAAUUUGUCGUAACCGUAUUUGCGAACAAGGAAUCCGUCGCCAUUGAUACUCCUAAGGAACUAGAUCAGGCCGAUAAGCUGAGUUUUGGUGGGGACUGGCUGUGCCACGAUGUACAGUACUGUCGUUUCAAAAAUUAUGACCUAACUUGUGCAUUCUACUCAAAAUUCCCAAGCUGAGGGUUCAUCGACGCCUCGCUUGUCUGCCAUUCGCAUCAGACAUGCAAGGCAAAAGAAUCUUCAUUCGCCAGUCCCAUCCAUAACUUAUCCUCAAUCCCAAAGCCUAACAAUACGUAUCCUACGAGUAGAUAUAAAG